GCAUGGGUAAAGCUGGGGGAGAGGCCAUCCACUGCAUCAGUGCAGGUGUGCAGCUGUAUCCUGAGACUGAAGGGGAAUCUGCAGUGCAGAGCAUACAUGAACCCUGGAAGGACCACCGCCAAGACCACCACCUUGGUAAGGCAUCUGUAGGCACCGAUAAUAACGGCACCCGGUAUUUCAAAUACUUGAGCUGCAUCUCCAUGACGAUUUUGUUGAUGACCUUGAUACCAUGUCACUCACAGUACAUCAAGAGGGACAUCAUCAGGAAUAUCUGCAGCAGUGCCCAAAACCCAUUUGAACAUCUGAUAAAUGAUGAAAACUCAGGUAGGAUACAACUGAUGACUAGUUACCAUUGUAGUAGAAGGCCUUCAAUGGCCUUGAAAUUCAAUAAUUAGUUUACAGCUAUACCACUAGAUGGCGGUGGUCAGGCACUGUAGUUAUUAUUGUACACUCCAGCAUCUAGCGUCACACAUGAACAUAUGACAGAAGCACCUGUAAAACAUGUAAAAAAAUGAUGUACUAUUAUCUUUGACCUUUGCAUAUGAAACAUGUAUGCAUAUGUCUGCAUGCAUGUGUGUGUGACCAUGCAGAUAUCCAUGCGUAUUUUUGCGUGUUUGUGUGUGUGUGCAUGCAUGCGUGUGUCUCUAUAGCGAAUGUAUUCAAGGGCUCCCAGCCCCUGGCCAAGUGGGUGUUCUUCCUGGUUCCCAACACGGGCAUCUCUGUGACUACAUGCUCCCCUCUGUGACGGAGGCAGCUGUCCAGGAGAGGGUUAGGGCGUGGGCAGGGUUCACCAUCCCUGACGGCCAGCUCCAUGUCACCCAGCAGUUUGUACAGAGCAGGCUAGAGUGGCACCAAGGUAGACUAGGCACUGGUUCAUCUCCAUCUAUGCUGUCCGAAAUGGCACCCUAUUCAUAUAUACGACCAGCGCGUCAUAAGUAGUUCACUAUAUGAGGGAUAUGGUGCCAUUUCAGACAGCCCAAUUGCCAUGAGAUAACAUGGUGGUAUUUAUUUCUUAAGCCGACUCCUCUUGAUGUUCUUUGAGGGGGGAUAUAUAUACUUGGCUACAUUCUGGAAAGUGAAUGUCAAAUGUGAUUUGACCACUAUUCUAAGUAGGCCUAUGCCAUGGUGCAGUAUUUCCAAAUCAUUUUGGGGAAAUUGGUUGUCCUCAUACAUUCCUGUCAACAACUAUUCCUUAUGAUGUCAUGUUUUAAAAUGCAUGUAGGGCAGGCUAUCAGCAAAUAGUUAUAUUCUAGCAAAUAAUUAUACUCUAGUUAUAUUCUAUUUUAUUUACUUUUGCCACUCCCUGUGUCAAUCUGCUUUAUAAGGUUCCACAGUUUCAGUUUCUGUGCCACCCUUAGCAUACAUCUCAAUACAUGUGCCCUUUGUGACACAGUCACGGUACAGUUGAAGUCGGAAGUUUACAUACACCUUAGCCAAAUACAUUUAAACUUAGUUUUUCACAAUUCCUGACAUUUAAUCCAAGUAAAAAUGCCCUGUUUUAGGUCAGUUAGGAUCACCACUUUAUUUUAAGAAUGUGAAAUGUCAGAAUAAUAGUAGAGAGAAUGAUUUAUUUAAGCUUUUAUUUCUUUUAUCACAUUCCCAGUCGGUCAAAAGUUUACAAACACUCAAUUAGUAUUUGGUAGCAUUGUAUUUAAAUUGUUUAACUUGGGUCAAACGUUUCGGGUAGCCUUCCACACGUCUCCCACAAUAAGUUGGAUGAAUUUAGGCCCUUUCCUCCUGACAGAGCUGGUGUAGCUGAGUCAGGUUUGUAGGCAUCCUUGCUCACACACGGUUUUUCAGUUCUGCCCACACAUUUUCUAUGAGAUUGAGGUCAGGGCUUUGUGAUGUCCACUCCAAUACCUUGACUUUGUUGUCCUUGAGCCAUUUUGCAACAACUUUGGAAGUAUGCUUGGGGUCAUUGUCCAUUUGGAAGACCCAUUUGCGACCAAGCUUAAACUUCCUGACUGAUGUCUUGAGAUGUUGCUUCAAUAUAUCCACAUCAUUUUCCUUCCUCAUGAUGCCAUCUAUUUUGUGAAGUGCACCAGUCCCUUCUGCAGCAAAGCACCCCCACAGCAUCAUGCUGCCACCCCCGUGCUUCACUGUUGGGAUGGUGUUCUUCGGCUUGCAAGAGACCCCCUUUUUCCUCCAAACAUAACGAUGGCCAUUAUGGUCAAACAGUUCUAUUUUUGUUUCAUCAGACCAGAGGACAUUUCUCCAAAAAGUACGAUCUUUGUCCCCAUGUGCAGUUGCAAACCGUAGUCUGGCUUUUUUAUGGUGGUUUUGAAGCAGUGGCUUCUUCCUUGCUGAGCGGCCUUUCAGAUUAUGUCGAUAUAGGACUCGCUUUACUGUGGACAUGCAUACUUUUGUACCUGUUUCCUCCAGCAUCUUCACAAGGUCCAUUGCUGUUGUUCUGGGAUUUAUUUGCACUUUUCGCACCAAAGUACGUUCAUCUCUAGGAGACAGAACGCAUCUCCUUCCUGAGCGGUAUAAUGGCUGCGUGGUCCCAUGGUGUUUAUACUUGUGUACUAUUGUUUGUACUGAUGAACGUGGUACCUUCAGGCGUUUGGAAAUUGCUCCCAAGGACGAACCAGACUUGUGUACGUCUACAAUCAUUUUUCUGAGGUCUUGGCUGAUUUCUUUUGAUUUUCCCAUGAUGUCAAGCAAAGAGGCACUGAGUUUGAACGUCGACCAUGAAAUACAUCCACAGGUACACCUCCAAUUGACUCAAAUUAUGUCAAUUAGACUAUCAGAAGCUUCUAAAGCCAUGACAUCAUGUUCUGGAAUUUCCCCAGCUGUUUAAAGGCACAGUCAACUUAGUGUAUGUAAACUUCUGACCCACUGGAAUUGUGAUACAGAGAAUUAUAAGUGAAAUAAUCUGUCUGUAAACAAUUGUUGGAAAAAUUACUUGUGUCAUGCACAAAGUAGAUGUCCUAACCGACUUGCCAAAACUAUAGUUUGUUAACAAGAAAUUUGUGGAGUGGUUGAAAAACAUGUUUUAAAGACUCCAAUGUAAGUGUAUGUAAACUUCUGACUUCAACUGUAUGUGUUCAGAUCGGGUCACAACCUGUUUCCACAAACAUCUGUGUGGUUUACAAAUUAUUAAGCAUCAAUAUGGAAUUUUAUAUAAAAGACAAGCAGAAGUAAAUAAAUAUUUGAAGUCAAUUGCCCCAGGUGUCACAGAUAUGUGUUACAAAAAAGGAGGUAGUUCCUCCCGCCUGUAUGCCUGUAAUUAAGUAAUGUGUACAGUAACCUCGCCUUGCUCUGCUAUGUUAAACUAUACCUUUGAGUCAUCCAUCAGAGAUGUCAACACUUGUCUAAAAAAAGAAACCCAGGGGUCAAGUGGAGGUGUAGGAAUUCAUUUAUCACACCCAGCGGCAGUCCUUAUUUAAGGUGUGGUAUGUCUGGCCAACCAAGCACUUCCCCAAUUUAUUUUAUCCAUUAGUGAAGCUAAUUAAUUAGUCAAGCAAUUAUGAAGCAAAGUAAGUUGAUUGUUUAACAGCUUUUAUUCUGGCUGAAGAUUCAGAGGAGGGCAUGGACAGCACCUGGGUCCCGGUGUACAACCUUCAGCAGAGGCACAAAAUAACCAUG